AUAAUCUAUUUCUAAAUACUAUUUUUGCCUGCGGUUUCGGUGCGAUGUUGCGGUUGUGAUUUUGUGAAUUUACGUAUUAUUGCAGUAAAUGAGGAUACGCUUCAAUAGUUGUACUGGGCGUUUAAAAUCUGUCUCGCAAUAAAAAAUAUUAUUUACAUCCAUUAAGGUUACCCCACACAAAAUAAACAAUUUCAAAUUAACCAGGAGUCACCAGGUUAUUAUGUUACUCAACAAAACCAGUAAAGUUCCAGGUUGGUAGGACAGACGAACUUCUCAAGAAAGUGCAAUAUGGAGAAUAAUUCAACGUCAGACAUCGUUAUUCUUAGUGGAAAUUCACAUCCAGAGCUCGCCGACUUGAUAGCAAAUCGGCUCGGUGUGCGAAAGGGAGGAUGUUCGGUUUAUCACAAAACAAACCGGGAGACUAUGGUUGAGAUAGCAGAUUCAAUCCGCGGAAAGAACAUUUACAUUGUACAGACUGGAACUAAGGACGUUAACAACAACAUUAUGGAACUUUUAAUCAUGGCUUAUGCAUGUAAGACUUCAUCGGCACGGUCCAUUGUUGGGGUGAUUCCAUAUCUGCCAUACAGCAAACAGUGCAAAAUGAGGAAACGUGGUUGCAUUGUUACCAAGCUGCUUGCAAAAAUGAUGUGUAAAUCUGGUCUUACACAUAUUAUCACUAUGGAUCUGCAUCAGAAAGAAAUACAGGGGUUCUAUGAUUGCCCAGUGGAUAAUUUACGAGCGUCCCCAUUCUUACUACAAUAUAUUCAAGAUAGUAUUCCAGAUUACCGGAACUCAGUAAUUGUGGCUCGCAACCCUGGAUCUGCCAAGAAGGCAACGUCAUACUCUGAACGGUUGCGACUAGCCAUUGCAGUGAUACAUGGUGAACAAAAGGAAGCUGAAAGUGAUGAAGUUGAUGGCAGAUAUUCACCGCCAUGUUUGCCUAGCAGGUCACGCACAAUGGAUGUCCCCGUUGGAGUUCCAGUACAUCCAGCCAAAGAGAAGCCUCCAAUCAAUGUUGUGGGGGAUGUUGGUGGAAGAAUAGCAAUUAUGGUGGAUGACAUGAUAGACGACGUACAGUCAUUCGUUGCGGCCGCGGAGGUGUUAAAAGAAUGUGGUGCUUACAAAAUUUACGUGUUAGCCACUCAUGGUCUAUUGUCGUCAGACGCACCUCGUCUUAUUGAAGACUCCCCUAUUGAUGAAGUAGUAGUUACCAACACUGUACCCCAUGAACUGCAGAAGAUGCAAUGCAAUAAAAUCAAAACCAUUGAUAUAUCUGUACUACUCAGUGAAGCUAUCAGGCGCAUACAUAACAAAGAAUCUAUGUCAUAUCUCUUCAAAAAUGUCACACUUGAAGACUAAAAAUAUGUAAUAAUUGUACUGUAAUUUUAAUAAUGUGUGGAUAUAUAUCUGUACUAUAAAAUCAAUUUAGGUGUAAGAUAGUAUUUUUAUAGUAUUCUCAUCUCUGAGAGUAUUACAAAAUAUCUUGUAAAGUAAUAAUAUGUCCUUUGCUUGUUUUAUUACAAAUUUAUAAUCUGUUGGAGCUGCAGGUAAAUUAGAACAAAAUAGACUGUAAUAAGGGUUACUACCUGGAGUGUAUUGUUAGUACUGUUUUAUUUUAUAAGUUUGUAUGUAGGUAGUUAUAGUGUAAGUAUUUCAGAUUUUGUUUUCAUCCUAGCCAUAUAGGUAUCAUGUUAUUAAGCUCUGACAAAACUUUUCGAUGACUGCACUGUGAUUAAAUAGUAGUAGUAAUAAUUAUGAAAAUCUAAAUCUUGUUAUAAUUAAAAACUGUCCAAAGCUUCUAUUAUUGAAUAAAUCCAUUAUUAAAAUAUAAAAUAUUAUCCUAGUGUAGAAGGCGCCACAUAAUAUACGUUGUUUUGUGAAAUUUGUAUUCUGUAUCAAUAAAUAUUUUGUGGCAUA